AUGAGCAAGAUCAAGACAGAGCCGAUCGACGGCCUCGGCAACCACAUCUACCUCGAGAAGCAAGACAGGCUCCGCGAAAUCGGCGUCGACAUCCCCACUUCGCAAGACCGCAAGGACGCCUUGCGGAACUUUCAUCACGAACUGACCGACUUCGAUGGCAAGACCCUUGUGGAUGUCAUUAACAAGGCCAACAAGACGAUGGGAAUCCGAUCUGGUGCUACCCAGGAUGACACCUCGUUGCCCAUGUUCAGCGACGACAUCCUGAAGAUCGAGAUUUCAGGCCCCGAGAAACCCCACCUCACUGUGAUCGACGUGCCCGGCCUGUUCCAAGUUACCGAUGAAGGUUCGUGCCAAUGCCUGGUCGAGGGAGACCCAGACACUGACUCGUCGCAGGCGUUACCACCGAGAUGGACAGGUCCAAGGUCGAGAACAUUGGUGCGGAGGUACAUGGAGAAUGAGCGUACAAUGGCAACAUCCCUCAAGCUCGGCUACUUCAUCGUCCGCAACCGAGGCGCCGACGAGGACACGUUGAGCAUCGCCGAGUGUCAGAUGAAGGAGCAGGAGAAGUUCGCGGAGCCGCUGUGGGCUGAGCUGACCAAGCUCGGCCGCACUGGUGUGAAAGCCCUGCGAGCCGAGCUCCAGGGUUUGUUGACCGAGCUCGCGAGGCGGGAGCUGCCGAAGCAGAGGGCUGAAGUGGAGCAGCGGCUCGCCGACUGCCGCAGGAGCCUUGAGUCAAUGGGCCCCCCGAGGGACAGCGCGGCUAGCCAGCGCGAAUGCCUGGUCAAGCUUGCCGCCCGGUUUGAGCGGAUCGUCCGUGACGCCCUCGAUGGUCGGUAUGACGGCAAUCCGAUCUUCUCCGAGAAGCCCGAGUUGAAGAUCGCCACGAAAAUCAUGGACUUGAACGAAGGAUUCACCGACCUGGUGUGGAAGAAGGGCCACACCUGGGAGUUCAAGGCAGAGUCCCAGCACCACAGAGAUAACGUCGACAAUUUGCUGGAGUACGAGAAAAUGUCAAACGCUGUUCUCACCUCCACCACUUCGACCCCCGAGCUUGAGCAGGUCAUUUGCGACCACGCGGACUGCCCCGCGCCCCUGACCGAGGAUAUCAUGGGCCAGAUCGAGAAGUACUACAAGGAAAGCCGAGGGCCUGAGUUGGGCACGUUCGGCGGGGCUCUGCUGUCCUUGACAUUCCGGGCGCAGACAUCCAAAUGGCGAGCCAUCGUCAUGACCCACGUCGAGACCGUGAUUGUGGUUGCACACCGCUUCAUCAAGACGGUGUGGCUCGAGACGAUCGGGGACCAGCGUAUACGGGAAGAGUUGUGGGGGUUGGUCCUCCUCGAGAAGCUCCAAACCGCGUACAUCCGGGCCAAGGACCAUGCCCAGUUCCUCCUCGACAUCGAGGUCAAUGGCCGGCCGAGGACGUACAACCACUACUUCAGCGACAACGUCCUGAAGGCGAAAGCCGAGCGGUUGACGCAGGUCUUGAUCGAAUAUUCGGAUCACCGCGGCGGGGACGAUUACGCCAUUUUCAACUCCACCAUUGGCCAGAUGGUGGAGGACAAAAGCAUCGCCGAUCAGACCAAGGAGGACGUUCACGACAUCUUGGAGAGCUAUUACAAGGUCUCGCGCAAGAGGUUUGUCGACGCCAUCUGCCAGCAAGCCAUCGACCACUUCCUGCUCGACGGCGUCGGCAGCCCCCUGAAGGUGCUGAACCCGGAGCUCAUUUCGAAGAUGAGCGACACCCAGCUGGACGUGAUCGCCGGCGAGGAUGUCACCACCAAGCGGGAGCGGGAGCGCCUCGGCGCUGAGAUCCAGGGGCUGGAGGCCGCGAUGAGGGUUAUCCGGGGUUAA